AAUUCUCUUUCAAUAAAGUCAUGGCAUUACCACUUCUCUCAAUUUUCCUUUUUUCAUCUCUAACCUUAUUUUCUCUUACAGAAUCCAAACUCAAUGUUGACUAUUACAACAAAACAUGUCCUCAAUUUGAAAAAAUCAUCCAACAAAUCGUCGUCGAUAAGCAACUCGCGGCCCCCACCACCGCGGCUGGGGCCCUCCGCCUCUUCUUCCACGAUUGCAUGGUGGGAGGAUGUGACGCGUCGUUAUUGAUUUCCUCAAAUUCCUUUUCCCAAGCCGAGCGUGACACGGAUAUCAACCUCUCCCUCCCGGGGGACGCUUAUGAUGUUGUCACACGUGCAAAGACUGCAUUAGAACUCCAAUGCCCUGGCAUUGUAUCUUGUGCAGAUAUUUUAGCUGUUGCAACUCGUGACUUGAUUACAAUGGUUGGAGGUCCAUUUUACAAAAUUCGCCUAGGGCGAAAAGAUAGCUUUGAAUCGUACGCAAAAGAUGUUGAAGGACAUAUUGCUAGGCCUAACAUGACUAUGGACACAAUAAUUAAUAUGUUUGCAUCAAAAAAUUUAAAUGUACAAGAAAUGGUAGCAUUAAUGGGUGCACAUACAAUUGGAUUUUCUCAUUGUUCGGAAUUUAGCAAGAGAUUAUUCAAAUUUAGUCAGACGUCAGAAUUUGAUCCUACUAUGAACCCUACAUAUGUGCAAGCGUUACAAACCUUGUGUGGGAAUAACACGAAGGAUAUGGCUGCGUUCAAUGACGUGAUGACACCUGGCAAAUUCGACAACAUGUAUUUCAUAAACUUGCAAAAGGGGCUAGGGUUAUUGGCAUCUGAUCAAGCUAUGAUUUAUGACCAAAGGACAAAGCCAUUUGUGGAGCUUUAUGCAAAGGAUCAAGAUGCAUUUUUCAAGGCAUUUGCACAUGCAAUGGAGAAAGUGAGUGUUUAUAAAGUUAAAUUAGGGAAAAUGGGAGAGGUGAGACGUAGAUGUGAUGUUGUGAAUCAAUUACAAGUAAAUCCAAACAAGAAAAUUGGUAGUUAAUUAAUUAAUUAGGUU